AGGUAGCCGCCAUUUUGAUGACGGUAGCAUCCACGUAGCAACAGUAAUUUGCGUCAGUUAUAUACGCGAUCUUAGAAAUUACAGUUAGCGUCAGUUAUAUACGCAAAGUUGAUCAGUUACAGUAAGUUAGCGUCAGUUAUAUACGCAAGUUUAGUAAAAAGUUGAAAUCGAUAGUACAGUACAGUUAGUAAAAAUGAGUGAAAUUGUUUCACUAAAAAAUCGUCGAAAGACGUUGAAAGGCCAGUUGACACGCUCAAUAAGGUUUUUUGCCUCAUUAGAUAAGAAUGAGGUAGAUGAUAAUAUAGUACAGGAAGUUUCUAGUAGAUUGUCUAAAGUAGAACCUACAUGGGAAGAAUUUAAUGAAGUUCAAAGUAAAAUUGAGGAGUUGGAAGUUUCGUCAGAUGAUGAUAUUGAAAGAGAACAGUUUGAUGACAAGUAUUUUAAGUUGGUUGGCCAUAUGAAGGCGUUUAUUAAGAAGUUCGAGUAUUCCACUGAUGCAACAAGUAAUGCAUCAAACGGUGGUGCAUCAGGAGUUAAGUCCACCACCGGUUCAGUCAAAAGUAAUGUGCCAAAUGGUGCAUCGGUUGUCAAGUCUACCACUGGCUCAGUUAACAGUAACAGUAGUUCGUCAGUUGUUAGGGUUACAACUAAUCCAGUUAAUGUAGUGAAUAAUAGUACUUUAGUAAAGUUGCCACCUAUUAAAAUACCUACCUUUGACGGUCGUUACCAUAAUUGGUUAGAGUUCAAGGACUCCUUUUUAUCUUUGGUAGAUUGUAAUGAGCAGCUAUCAGAUAUCCAAAAGUUUUAUUAUUUAAAAACCAGUUUAGAGAAAGACGUUUUGGAUACGAUUAAGUUUAUUGAAGUUUCAGCAGAUAAUUAUCGAAGUGCUUGGCAAUUUUUAAUAGAAAGGUAUGAGAAUAAAAGAUUGAUUGUUUUCAAUCAUAUCAAGGCGAUCAUAGAACAUACACCCGUGAAUAAGGAAAAUCACGCGGAUUUAAGAAAUCUUUAUGAUAAUUUCAUGAAACAUCUCAGAUCAUUGAAAAGUCUGGGAGAAAAGACAGACGAGUGGGAUAGCCUUAUUAUAUACAUCAUGAGUACCAAGUUGGACUCGGUUACCAGAAGAGACUGGGAGAAUUUUAAGUAUAAUAGGGAUCUUCCUACAAUGGCGGAUUUGCAUGUAUUUUUAAAGAAAAAGUGUGAAGUUUUAGAAAAAUUGGAGUUAGUAAAGUCAGAUGCUAAACACUUCGAUAGAGGGAAGUCUUACCCUCAUACAAGUAGUAGAAAACCGCAUACGAGUAACAGUUUUGCAGCCACAGAAACUGCGAUUGAGUGCUUUUAUUGUAAAGGUUCUCAUUCGAUAUUUAAGUGUAUAUCCUUUUUAUCACUGCAGGUAAGUGAUAGGAUUGCAGCUGCUAGAAAACUAAAGUUGUGCCUGAAUUGCUUGAGAGAUAACCAUCUGACACGGCAGUGCAGAUUGAGUAACUGCAAAAAUUGUAAAGCGCCACAUAAUGUAUUACUUCACCUUCCGCGGCGAGAAGCGACCGCUGCUGAGCCAAAUCUCCAUCGGACACCGUCGGAACGCUUAGUCACCGGUUCAACGCCGAACGACACAACGCCGCCGCCGGCUUCGAAGUCGUCGCAGACACAUGCGGUGUUGCCGUCGCCUACAGAAGGGUUUACAUCCGCUAAUGUGCGGGCGGAAAAUUCGCAGAUUUUGUUAUCUACAGCAUUAGUGCAGGUGAAGGAUGCAAAAGGGAAUUUUUGUAUCGGUAGAGCGCUCCUGGACUCGGGAAGUCAGAGUAAUUUCGUUUCAGAAAAAUUCUGUAAACGCUUAAACUUGAAAGUGAGUAAAAUAAAUCAUUCUAUCAGGGGUGUGGGACAGACACUCACGAGUAUCACCAGUAAAGUUGACAUAUCCAUUAAGUCAAAUGUUAGAGAGUUUUCCAUGGAUAUUAAUUGUCUGGUUAUUCCUCGCAUAACUGAUAAGCUGCCUAUAGUUUCUUUUGACAGUUCUAGUUUAAAUAUACCGCGAGAUACCGAGUUGGCUGAUCCUCAGUUUAAUAUUUCCGAUGAAGUAGAUAUAUUAUUGGGAUCAGAAGUGUUUUGGUCGGUAAUGGUACCCGGGUUGAAAAAGGGUACUCGGCGACUAGUUUGGUUACAAAAUACGGAAUUAGGAUGGUUAGUUGCUGGCAAUAUUGCUUCAGAAAUAAGUGAUAAUACAGUAAUCAGUUGUUUGAGUAUAAGUAACCGUUCUAAAAUGAAAUGCGUCAAUAGUACGGGAAAUAUAGACAGUAAAUUAGAGAAGUUUUGGCAGCUGGAAGAAGUAGCUAAAGAUAACAUAGUACAGUCCGAAGCGGAUCGUUAUUGUGACGCAUAUUUUAAAAGAACAACAAGGCAAACGGAAAAUGGUCAGUUUAUAGUAAACGUUCCGUUUAAGGAGAGUGUAAAGCAAUUAGGAGAGUCGCGGGAGAUGGCACUUCAGAGAUAUAAGUUUCUAGAAAGAAAGCUAGAUAGAAACUCAAGUUUAAAGUUAGAGUAUAAUGCAUUUAUGAAGGAAUACCUAGAGUUAGGUCAUAUGGAAGAAUUUGAUGAUAGGUUAGAAUUAGAUAGAGGAUAUUAUUUGCCUCAUCAUGCAGUUAUUAAGUCAUCAAGUAUAACUACGAAGUGUAGAGUAGUAUUUGACGCCUCAGCCAAGACUACCUCAGAUUUGUCACUAAAUGACACUCAGUUUGUAGGUCCUAAGCUACAGGAUGAUCUCUUUGAUAUUUUGGUGCGGUUUAGAAAGCAUAAGUUAGUCAUGACAGGUGACGUGUCUAAAAUGUACAGGAGAAUUUGGAUUACUGAAGAGCAGAGGCUAUACCAAAAAAUUAUUUGGCGUUUUGAUUCCACCAAGGAUAUAAAGUGUUACAAGUUGAAAACAGUGACGUACGGCACAGCAUCAGCGCCAUAUCUUGCAGUGAGGUGUCUAUUUGAAGUAGCAAAUAUGCAUGAAAAUGAGUUUCCAGAUGCCCGCAAGGUUAUUAAGCGUGACUUUUAUAUGGAUGAUGUGUUGACUAGUGCAGAAUCUGAGGUGGAUUUAUUGAAAAUUCAAGGAGAGGUAUCGGAUAUUUUAAAUAGUGUUGGUUUGCCAUUAAGAAAAUGGUUGUGUAAUGAUAAAGAAAUAUUAGCUAAGUUUAAAACGCAUGGUGAGAUAGAGGCAAAUAUUUUAGAAAUAGGUGAAGAUGAGCAAAACAAAACACUCGGAGUGUUUUGGAAUUCAUAUAAUGAUGUGAUUCAGUACAAAAUAGAUUUUGAAAUACUAUCAAACCAUCGUAUGACGAAAAGAGGUGUCCUAUCUACAAUAUGUCAGAUAUUCGAUCCUUUAGGUUUAGUAGGUUGCGUUACUAUUGUGGAGAAAUUAUUGAUGCAACAAAUGUGGAUUAGGAAAUUAGAAUGGGAUGAUGAUUUGCCUAGUGAUUUACAAGAUAGUUGGAUUCGUUUUCGCGAAGAUUUGAAGACAAUAACAAAACUUAGUAUCCCACGGCGGGCGGUCUUAUCAGAGUAUAUAAGAAUAGAAAUUCACGGAUUUAGCGACGCAAGUGAGAAGGCUUAUGCAGCCUGUAUAUAUGUUAGAUGCAGUUUUAGCACAAGGGAACCGGUAUCAAAUUUGAUAUGUGCAAAAUCAAGAGUUGCCCCGGUUAAGCAAGUAAGUUUACCACGGUUAGAAUUAUGUGGGGCUGUCUUAUUAGCGAAUUUGCUUAAUAAAGCUAUAAAAAUUUUAGAAAUUGAUUUUGAUCAAUGUUAUUUGUGGUCCGAUUCCAUGAUAACUCUUGCUUGGAUAAGAGGGGAUUCAAAGAGGUGGAAAACCUUCGUAGCCAAUCGCGUAGGUGAAAUUCAGUCACUUACAAGUGUACUAGAUUGGAGACACGUAGAGUCUGCUAAUAACCCGGCAGACUUACUAACUAGAGGAGUAACAGUUAAGUUAUUAUGUGAUUGCGAGUUGUGGUGGCAUGGACCAUCCUUUUUCAAGUUAAAUAACAGUGCGUGGAACAUAGACAAUUUUGAGCUAAAUUUUGAAGUACCGGAACAACGUUCUGUAUCGUUGGCAUCAUGCAUAAUAAAAAACGACUUAUUGGUUAAUCGAUAAGUUUUCGAGUUUGAAUAAAAUUGUAAGGAUUACAGGCUAUGUGCGUAGGUUUAUUGAUAAUUUGAGAUGUCCCAAGUCUGAUAGAAAUUUUGGAAUCUUAACCCCAAUAGAGCUAGAGAACUCUUUAAACCUUUUGAUCACGCUCGUACAAAGAGAUUGUUUUCCAAUAGAGUAUAGAAGCUUAUCAUCUAAUAAAGCGUUGGAAAAUAAAAGUAAGUUGCUUCCUUUGAGACCUUUUUUAGAAAAUGGCGUCAUGCGAGUUGGCGGGAGAUUAAGUAACUCUAAGCAGAAUUUUGAUAAAAAGCAUCCAAUAAUUUUACCCAAGGGUCAUAUAUUAACAGAGUUGAUUUUAAGAGAUGCUCAUGAAACACUAUUACAUUGCGGAGUCCAGACAUUGUUAUGCGCAAUAAGGGAUAAGUUCUGGCCCAUUGGUGGAAGAAAUUCCUGCAAGAAUAUAGUUAGAAAGUGCGUAACUUGUUUUAAGGUGUCACCUAAAGACACAAAUUAUUUGAUGGGUGAUCUUCCCAAUGUGAGAGUCAAUACUUACCUUCCAUUUCAGAACAUUGGCAUAGAUUACGGAGGACCGUUUUUAGUAAAAGACCGUAAGGGUAGGGGCGCAAAAACUAGUAAAGUUUACAUGUGUCUUUUUGUUUGCAUGAGUGUGAAGGCAGUACAUAUAGAGCUGGUUUCAGAUUUGACCACCGAUGCGUUUCUUGCUGCAUUUCAUAGAUUUAGUAGUCGUAGAGGAAAACCAACUCAUGUGUAUUCCGAUAAUGGAACGAAUUUUUUGGGAGCGAAUAAUGCGUUAAAUGAGUUGUUCAAAUUUUUGAAAAGAAAUUCUGAGAAAAUAGGGGAGACGUUAGCCCUUGAGCGUGUCAAUUGGCAUUUUAUACCGGCUAGAAGCCCUAGCUUUGGUGGUCUGUGGGAGGCAGGCAUUAAAAGUGCUAAGCAUCAUAUAAAGCGAGUGAUAGGUAAUCAAAGAUUAACUUUUGAGGAAUUUAGUACGGUGCUGACGCAAAUCGAAAGUAUCCUUAACUCCCGACCACUAUG